AUGGCCCUCAACAACGUUGUUGUCCAUGGCUCACGUUUUCAGGUGGUCCACGUGGAAUACCUGGAUAUUCCUGUUCAUUCACUUGAUUGGUCUGGAUCACAUCUUCUAGUCAGCUCAAAGCAAGGCAUCACGCGGCUGUACGCCGUUCGUGGACAAUUCAAGGAAGGACAAGAAGAUGACAGCAAAAUUACUCAAGCAGCAGAAUAUACCAUGCCGGUGCAUGAUGCUCCUGUUGUUCCCGGUCAAUACCCUAUGAACAGUCUGGUUAAAUCCGUACGAUUCAACGCGAAUUAUUCUGAUGAGCGCGUCUACGAACUUUGGCAACCUCUUACACCUUUCUCGACGACGACGAAUGUGACAGAAGAUCAACAACUGCAACAGGAAAAUGAAUCCAGCGCAUCAUCAGUCUCGACCGAGUUUUUGACUACUUUUAUGAGUCAUAUCAAUGUAUGGGAUGCACUACACGAAGAAAAGCCAAAGUUCAGUCUCAAUCUUGGAAACACCGACCCGAUCAAUUGUGCCAACUGGUCACCCCAUGCACCGCACACACUGAUUGUCACAGGCGGCUGCGGUCGUGCUUUAAGAAUCAUCGAUGUACGUGCCAAAGAUGUGGUUUGGCAAGCAGAAGAAGCACACCAGCGGCCAAUUCGCGAUGCAAAGUUCAAUACGUUUAUUCCUUACUGGCUAGCUUCUGCUGGUGAAGACGGGGCCGUUAAUCUCUUUGACAUUCGCGCUUCGUACCAUGCACCUGUCGCCAAAAUAACAGCCCAUGAGGGUGUUGUAGAAUCAAUUUCAUGGUCCAACAUGCGUCCAGAAAAUUUAACCACUGCUUCAUCAGACGUUUUCGAUACGCAUUACCAAACUGCCAAAUGGACAAAAACCGAUACGCCGCCAGCGACAAUUCGUCCAAUGACGAAAGCUUUGUGGUAUUCCUGGCUAGGAAGCACGGUGGACGAGCCAUGGAGCGCUGUUGAUCAACAUAUAAAUUAUGGCGACAAUGACGAUCCCUGGGGUCAUAGUACUGAUUGUGAUCCAGAAGCCAUGCUUCUGUGCGGUGCCAUAGGUAUCGGUGAAUGGGGCAGGUCUGAUAAAGGUCCAGUUUAUGUUGGAGAAGAUUUUGAAAAAAGCAAAGGCCCAGUUGUUGGAGUGUCUACUUCAAAAUCGUUGUUAGCCGAGUAUUAUUGCAUAACUGACCGUGGACAGUUGGCUGUACAGACCGUGCGUCUUGAGAACGAUGAGCAGAUCAACUUUAAAUUUAGAUAUAAAAAGGAAGAAUAUCCACUGGCGUAUCAAGUUGAAUAUGAUAUUUACAGUCGACACAUUGAUCGUGCAUGGGAGGACCUAGAACAGCUCAAAAACAUCAACUGCGAUGACAUAAGGGAACGAGAAGAACAGGUUACCUAUCUGGAAAACUGUCUAAACGUUCUACCACCCAUUGCACCAAAGACGUGGGGAUUUGACACCAUACCAGACAAAACAGACCGUCGCACGUCUCGAAGAUUAUGGAACCAAGACGAUCUUUGGGAACUCGCAAUAUCCACGUUUCGAAAAGAUCUUGAUUUUUGGAGCAGUGCCAGACUUCCACCAGGCUAUGAAACACGCUAUGGUUUUGACGUGAAUAUCAAGGAUCGAACGAUGGCACCGGCCAUAGUGAGUCCUUCCGUUACAACGAUGCCUGAAGAAUAUGGUGGUGACGAUAAUGAUUACGGUUUCGGAAACGCUGGUACUGCAGAUAGCGAUCACAGUACUACAAUGUCGUCUGCUGCUGCUGUUUCUACGACUCAAGCAGUAGUAGAAGGCGGUGAGCAGGACCGGAAGCCAAGUGAACCUGAAACGAAGAAAACUGAAUGGACUAUUUCAUCGCCUGCUAAGAAUACCCCGGGAAGACAGCGGUCAUCUACAUUAAGCAUUACACGUUCGCGAGCAAGCACAAUCCGUAGUCUGGCUAGUGGAUCGCUGGGGCGCUCAAGCAGUGAUCGUCAGAGUAAGAAUGAUGUUCAAAAUACAAACCCGUUCCUACAACAGGAAGUACCAACGCCACCAACAUCACAAAACCAACAAGAUCAGCAGCAACAACAACAACAACAGCAGCAGCAUCAUCACCAUCGCUUUGUCAGGCCUACUCAAUCUUUAAAGCGAAUGUUCUCACGACGUAGUAAACAUCAUCAGCACGAUCCACCACCUGAACCAAAGACGACGGAGCAAGAAGAAAGUGUAAUGCCCGAGCCACCAAUCAGUCGCAAGCGCACAACACGACGCAAUGCACUAUUUGGUGCUUCUUAAAAAAAG